GGAGAGCGCGCAUUACGCACACCCUGAUCUUCUCCACACAGAACCAGUGUGGCGCACAGACAGGCAGCAGCCCUUCACAAAGUGGGAAGUUUUCGCCAAAGGAUUCUGUGUAAAUAUUAAUCACCUUCAUGUCGACUCUGUUGGAUACUAACCCGCCGAUGCUAUGGUUACCUUUAUUACGAUCUUACAGGUGAAUCUAGUGAUGUCCAUCCUGCUCUAUGUGAUGGUCCUCGUGUACCUCUAUGGUAUCCAGGCAACCAACAUGGACAGCAGUCGCCAAGGGCAACAACAGCCAAGUCCCGACCCUUUAAACUCUCUCAUAAUCCAGCUGCUUCAGGCUGACCUGACAAGGGGGAAGACCAGGGCAAACCAGAACCAGCAGGGGAAAAGCAGGGACAUGGAGCUACAGGACACGCUGCCCCCUCUCUUGAGCGCAAACUUUCCUUUAGAGGAGCACAGGGAUGGAGAGCAGUGGGGAGCAGGGGGCCGCAGUGACGGUGCGGCCGAUCAGCAGGUGAUGCUGUUGAACUCAGACCUGCUCAGGCAGCACAAGCGGUACAACUCGCCUCGAGUGAUGCUCAGCGACCGGCCGCCGCUGCAGCCGCCGCCGCUGUACCUCGCGGAUGAUUUCGUGAGCAGCGGGCUGGACAGAGGCCCAGCGGGAAACAAGACGCGAAAGAAGCGCUACGCCGAGCACAAAAGCUAUCGCGGGGAAUAUUCCGUUUGUGACAGCGAGAGCCAGUGGGUAACGAAUAAAACCCACGCGGUGGACACCAGGGGGGACCCCGUGACUGUUCUGGCCAAAAUUAAAACCAGUGCCAUGCAGGACAUCAAACAGUACUUUUAUGAGACGCGCUGUCGCACCCCGAGGCCCUUCAAGGGAGGCUGCAGGGGAAUCGACGAUAAGAACUGGAACUCACAGUGCAAGACGACGCAGACGUACGUUCGAGCACUGACGCAGGUUCGCAACACAGUGGGCUGGAGAUGGAUACGCAUAGACACGUCCUGUGUCUGUGCAUUGUCAAGGAAACGUCAUAGGACGUAAACACAUCAAUACAAGCCCUACUGGGGACUAGCUGUUUGGAAUUCUACUUGCUCUAUAGGAUUUUAUUUCCGGUUCAGUGCUUCCCACCACAGGAUCACGUAUCUUGGUGAACAGGAACAUUCUGCUACAAAGAAUCUCGGGUCCAUUUAAAUGAUAUUUCACAUUAAUGUGCUGCGAAUCCACAAGCUGGUGCGGCACUGCUGUUACAGAAAAGAAAACUGGCCUCAGAGGGACUGGGAGGGAGGGAAUGAGUGUGUGAGGGAGAACUGUACAUAUAAAUUAUUUAAAUUAUAUGAAAUGCAUGUAGUUUAUACAUGUUUAUCUAUCUAUAUAUAAGAUGUAUGAAUAUAUUUGUGUUAUUUAUUGAAAGAAGUCUUCUUCAAAAGGAAAAAAAUGUCUAUAAAAAAGGAAUGAAACAAGCUAUGAACUCAUUCUGAGAUUAUGAUACAGAGCUGGGCUGCAAAGGUGCUUCACAGUAAGACUUUACAUGUGCCUUGACCAGUGUGGCUGCAGAGCAGAGAGAUAGGACAUGGCGUCUGCACAGACAGCAGUGGCCGAAAAGGUUUUGAAGGUGAACUGAAAAAAAAAAAAAAAGUGACAGAUCUGCAGGGACCUGUCCUGUCCUGCUGAAUAAUAUGAAGCCCAAAUUCUUAGCGUUGACGAGACAGAUCAGCCACAAGGCAUCCUAAGAGCAAAACGCAGAUUUGUGACCAAACCUAUGCAUUCGCACUGCGUUCACAGUUGACACUAGUUUUACGAUGUUUAUGCACAGAAAGUCCAUACAUUCAACCGAGAGACUGCUUUGAAAGAAAUAAAAAAAUAAAUAAAAAAUCCUCGCGUGGAAUUUGAUGGCAGUGACUGACGGCGAUUCAGGAAAGUCUGAUUUCUGAAAAACUUGACUCUGUUCACUGAGUUUUACUCACAACUGGUAUCAUGAGAUGUUUUUGUUUCCUCCCUUUAAUAAAAACCUAUAUUUCUUAAA